AUGUUUCAAUCCCAACUUGUCGCAAUGUUUCUCUUAUGGCUGACGAUUUGGAUCCGAGCAACCAGCACCGCCAGUUUGUAUGCCUAUAGCACCGCUAAAGGGGUCCAAGUCGGCGCCCAGGACCCAAAGACGGGGGAACUCCACUACAGCAACUGCAACAGCGAGAAAACUCCCAUCUUUCCCAUCGACAAGCCUAACGUUCUCAAAGUCGGGUUGAUGCCGCGAAAGGGCACAGCGUUGGCAGCAGCAGGAUGGUGGGACGGACAAAAAGUUACUGCAUCCAUUUUCUACCAAACCGACGAGUCCGUCAUCGUCAACGCGUACUGUGAAUGUAACAUGACGACCGGGAAGCUCACCUACAUCGACAAUUGGGCCAUAUCAGAAACUGCCGAAGUAAAGUCUGUCAACAACGAGACUGGGCUCUCCGUGCAACUGUUAGGAGGCGAGGAGGGAUAUCGCCUCUUUUACCACAACAAGGACGGAGACGUCAUGAUGCUCCGGUACAUGCCGAAAACGACGGCAUGGGUGGAUGAUGGGGCAAUCUCACAGGAUCAUUUGGCCGGAAUGGCUUUGGCAUCUGCUCAUUAUGGCAAGAAUAUUUCAGUGGCAUUUCCACAAGGGCAGAGCAACAUCGAGGUCUCUCGGUUUUCAAACACGGACGAAUGGCAUCUUUCGACGUUUCCCCAACCCUUAGAGGGACUCUAUGGCUCGUCUAUUGUGCCUACGAACGAGACGGCUCCGUCAGCCAUUCAAAUUGACGACGAAGUCGAUCCAGAGUUCAGCUUACCUUUCUGGAACCCCGAGAUAAGGUCCCUCGGCAUGUCUAUCGACAGUUCUCGUUCUCGAAGCAUCUUUUAUUUCGGGGCCGACAAGAAGUUGUAUCAGGUCACUGAAAAUAAUGAUGAAUGGGAGUUGGCUCCCAACCAGACCGACAACAUCUGGCCUCAAGCUGAUGACUCAAGUGCCGACCUAGCUGUUGCCAAUGACCAGGGCAACGGCGAGACUUGGAUAUACUACUGGGCCAACGACAGUAUUGUCCAAGUGCACAGGAAGAACUCCAAGGACUGGGAGCCGGCCAAGAUGCUGCCAGUGAAUGCGACCAACUCGGCCAACCAGAACUCCGAGGGCAACAAAGGGUCACAAGAGAGUGCUGACUCCUUGGGUUCAAAAGACCUGAGCACCGGAGCCAAGGCAGGCAUCGGAGUUGGUGUCUCCAUGGGUGUCAUUCUCAUGACCGGCUUGAUCUGGUUCCUAAUGAAACGGCUCGCUGCAAAGAAGGGGCGGGACACGGAAGCAGAUGGGGAUCCGGCACCUGAUCAGUCUCCAGGCUCGCCAGAAGUGGACGAAACGGCUACGCUCAAGCCAGUCUCUAACCCGUCCCUCGAUGACACGCCCAAAGCUGACCCGGUCGAGAUGGAGAGUCCAAGAGUGAUGGCAGAACUAGAACAUCCGCCAGUUAUCUAUGAGCUGCCUGAGAACGAUGGCAAGCAAUAA